AUGAGGGUUCUUACUAUAUUCGCUGUUCUCUCUCGAGUGUCAUGGGCUACACAUACAGUCAAAACCGGUUUGGAUGUUUUAUUGGAAAGCAAUUACACACAGCUAGCUGGCAGAAGAGUCAUCGUACUCACUAAUCCGACGGGUGUGACUCCGGACUUGCAACUUGGGGUUGACGUUAUGUUCAAUUCUGGCGCCGUUGACAUCGUUGGUGUCAUGGGUCCUGAGCAUGGUUUCAGGGGCACAGCCCAAGCUGGGGGCUCAGAAGGGACGUUUAUUGAUCCAGUAACUGGAUUAACAGUUUAUGAUGCGUAUAAUGUCAACACGAGCACACUUGUUGGCUAUAUCAAGGAAUCUGAAGCGGAUACCGUACUAUUUGAUAUACAAGAUGUAGGAGCUCGGUUUUAUACCUAUACUUGGGCCAUGUAUGACACAAUGGUGGCUGCAGCCAUUGCAAAUGCUAGCUUUGUGGUCGUAGACCGCCCAAAUCCUAUCACAGGAUUGAAUGCAUUCGGCCCGGUACUCAACGAGAGCUAUGCAUCUUAUGUGGGACGGCGUCCUAUUGCACAAGCUCAUGGCAUGACAACGGGUGAAUUGGCAUCGAUGUUUGUUGGAGAGAAUUGGAUUCAGGAAGCUGCAAACGGUUCGGACCUGAACUUAGAGGUCAUUCUAAUGAAAGGGUGGAAGCGAUCGAUGACAUGGAAAGAUACUCAUCUUCCAUGGGUCAUGCCAAGUCCAAGUACACUGCAGUUACUCGGGGGCUCCUUCACGAACGACUCAUGGACCGACGAAAUGCGAGCACUUAAAAUCCCUCAUACGAACUUUCGUUCUGCUUGUUUCAGCCCGACAACAUCAAAGUUUCAGUCACAGACCGUUUGUGGACUUCAAAGUUAUGUUUUUCUCGAUUCUAUCGGUGACUAUGAAGAAUUUGAUCCAGUUUUCCUUGGAGUAUCAUUGCUCUGGAGCGCCAAACAUCUCUACACUGUCGGCGGUAACGACACAGGCUUCGGAAAUACGACACAAAGUUUCCACUGGCUAUUCGGUUCCAAAACUGGCCUGUACGAUGUGGAUGUGUUGACUGGUGGCUCUUUGGUUCGGGAAGGCAUUGAGGCUGGACUUCCUCCGGAUGAAAUUCGGUCACAAUGUCUACACCAUCAUGCUCAACCAGGGGAGCAGUGGAAAAGAAUCGCAUUCGGGUCCCCUCGUGUGAGCCCUGUCGUCUAUCCAAACUCGCUUGUGAUCACAAGCGUCCAGCAUGCUCCCGUUGCGCCAAUCGUGAAAUCACUGAAAAGUGCGUCUAUAGAAAGAAUCCAUUUAAGCGACAUAGGCCAAUUACUUCCAGCAAGCGGGCCAAAUGGCUUGUCGCCUGAAAGACCAUUGGCCACUUUUCAAAUGAAACCGUAUCCAAAUCCAGGUUACCAAGGGUCAUCAUCUCUCAAGACAGUGCUGGAUAAUCUUGGCGACCACUUAGCCGUUAGAAUUGAUACCUCCAGACCUCAUGUUAACGACCAACAGUCGUCACGAGACGCUGUACUUCGGGCAGACAGCUCCAAGAUGGUCGAUGAAGGAGUACAGCUGUUAGAGACGUUCCUUGAUUAUCUUGCUGAUGACGAUUUUCGACAACUGUUCUCCGAAGCGAAAGGCAGUGAUUUACAAACCCACUUAGGCACCUUCUUACUUUUCCCAUUCUUUGAAAGUCUGGCAAACGAAAUUGAUAUCAUACGACAAUCAGAAAAUCGACAGGCGAGCUCGUUUGCACUGUCACAACGCCUCUUCGAAAAGGCAAACGAACCCGUUGAGAUUCAUAGCGCCAUGACUCUUGAGGAGUUUGCCGCUCAGUACACGGGGCUAAAUUUACGAUGGGAAACGGUGGGUUUGAUUAUUACACUAGCUGGCAUUGCUUCUACCGAGAUACGAGUCCCGCAUCCAGCUUGCAAAACAGAAGAGGAACGUCAACUUCUGAGGACAAACCUUGUUCAUUUGACCAACAAAUGUGUCGGCUUCUGCGAUUCUUUGGACACAUUGAAUGAUAUCACUAUGAUAUUCUUAUAUGAGAGUUUCCUCCUUGCUUCAAUAUUCUACGGUGAUCAAAGUUUCAAGGCUUGGAGAAGACUUAAUCAUGCUUCCAGCGCACUCUUUGCAGAUGGGCUUCACGAGACUGUCAAAGAAAAACAGUAUCUCCCAUUCUUCCUCACACAGUUACGUCAGCAAAUCUUUGCACGAAUAUACGGAUCCGACAUUAGUUUUGCUGUCUUUUUAGGCCGUCCUCCGCGGGUGAGUAAACGGUUCUGUUAUACAAGUAUGCCCCUCGACAUUGAAGAGGAUACGUACAGUCUAGUAGGAGAAGACUUGGACCAGGAAUUGGCACACCUGGACCGAAACGGUUGGAACACACUCGGCCAGAUCAGGAAAAGUGCUGUCAUACGAUGGUCUAUGAUCACCUCUAUGAUCCGUGAAGAUGCUUUAGAAACUCUACUUGGACGAAAUCUUACCAAUGUACCACAGCGAAUCGGUGAUCUUCAAGCGAAGAUUGACCAUGCGUGGAAAGAUCUUCCCCCGUUUCUCACGAUUCCAACCCGGGAUUUAUGGCUGAAAGGACGUUCCUGCCACGAGGUAGACAUCUUGCAUCAAAUUCGUCUACUUUACCUCAACACUGCCUUUUUAAUUGAAUGGGCGGCUUCGCGACAUGGCCUUCAAGAUACUGGUGCCUUGUUUGUCAAUGCUAGUGAACUACUCUCAUGGGUUAUUGAGGCUAUAGUUGCUUCUUGUGCUCUACCCGCUGCCGGUGCUAUUGCCUGGUAUCUCCUCCAGCCAUCGUCCCGUGUCGGCUUCAAUCUCGACUUGUCAUCGAGAAGACGCAGCAUAGAGAAUCUCUCAGUGCUCAUUGCUCACAUGGGUGUCCUGCAUGAUCCUGGAGACGGCAACUAUCAGCUUUUCUGCCACGCCAAAAGUGCUCUACAAUCUGCAAUGGACACUAUCCUCAGCCUUCCAGAUCCCGCUCAGCCUGAGAAUUCCUUAGAUAUGUUAUCCUCCCCUGCACUGUCACCAGACUGGAUCUUUUCGGAUUAUUUAGGGCUCGGGGUUGAUUCAUGGAUCGGUCUUCCGGAUCGCGGGUCUUUUAUGAGAAUGGAUGAUAAUAUGCCAUAUUGAAUGGUGAAUAUUUGUGUUUAUG